CUCCCCAAAUGUGUCCUCGAUGUUGUGAUUUGACUGUGUGUGCGCUUAGGUGUAAUCAUGGUCAGGUCCCCUGUAGGGGGAGUGACCACUGGGCCUUUUUUUUUUACCCGUCCCAGAAUAAAAAAGGGGGGGCUUCUGGACCCACAGUCUUCCCAGACCUGUGUGUCUUGGGUCUGUUUCUGUCGGAUCUCUGAAAUCCAAAUUUCCUGAAAGAGCAAUUCCAAGGGAUAACUAAAUGUGAGCCUAAAGUCUAAAGUCUGAGCGUGGGGAGAGACACUACUGCUUUUUAAAAGCGUACACACAGAGGUACACAGACAGGAGGGCUUCUCUUUCUCUUUCUCUUUCCACUCCACCCAUUAUCACUCGGUGCUAGGCACCAAAGCGGAAGCAGCGGCCGCUCUGAUUGGCCGCUGGGGAGGCUCCACCUCGGGGCCGCGGGUCAGAGACUGGCCCCCUCUUCCUCUGCAGCGUGGCCCUUAUCUGACGGGGUUCAGGCCUACUGCAGCUCGCUCGUAGUUUGGGGAAAAACAGUCCCUGUAACAGGGUCCUUCCACCCCAACGCCAGCUUUUGCCUUUGGGAGCACACGUGCACUCCCUGUGCACUUUGCAGGGCUCAUUUUUUUGAGCAGAAGAAGAGAAUGCUGAACAGGAAAUAGCCCCUGAGUCCAGAGAAGACCGUUAACCAGGUCUCCGACACCGAGGACCUCAUCUGGAUCUGGCAUUUGUAGCCAAACAGAAUCUUCUUUACACAUUCUCCAUGUUUUGGAUUCGAGCGGAUGUUUUCCGAGACUAAGAAGACAAGAUGACUCAUCUUUCUCGGGAGCUCUUGAACAUUCUGCUGCAACUAGCACAAGUCGAUUUCCACCUCUUCAAAUGGCAUUUGAAGCAGGACAACAUCCUGGAGGGACACACUGGCAUCGAACCGGCCGCCCUGGAGACGGCCGAACGCUGGCAGACUGUCGAUCUCAUGACCGGGAAGUACACGGGUCCAGAAGCCAAGCAGGUAGCCAUGACGAUCCUGAAAGAAAUUGGGAGGAAUGAUCUGGUGGAGCGUCUGAGAAACUACCGUGAACCACAAGGUGUGGAGAUCAACAACAACUUUGGCAAUGAACGGGAUCAUUUUGGGGGAAAUCGGGACGAGCUGGAGAGAGUCCAGCAGUUUGCGGUGGAUGUGACUCUGGACCCUGACACGGCACAUCCUGACCUCGUCCUGUCCAGAGACGGGAAACAAGUACACGACACCGACGUGACCAAGGAUCUCCCAGACAGCCCUAAGAGAUUUGACAAAUGUGGCAGUGUUUUAGGAAAGGAGACUUUCUCUUCUGGAAUCUUUUACUACGAGGUUCUGGUCAAGGAGAAGACUUCCUGGACUGUGGGGGUGGUCAAAGAGUCCAUCAACAGGAAGGGAAAGAUCAACAUAAGCCCUGAUGAUGGCUACUGGACCAUAUGGUUGAAAAAAAAAGUGUAUGAAGCUAUUUCCACCCCCUCGGUGCGCCUCCCGCUGAAGACGUGUCUUCGGAAGGUGGGAGUGUUGGUGAAUUAUCAGGAUCGUCUGGUCUCCUUUUAUAACGUGGACACUGCAGAGCAUCUCUACUCUUACAGGGACUGUCGCUUCAACGGAAACAUCCUCCCGUACUUCAAUCCGUGUGGAGGCAGCGGUGGAAACAACUCCGCUCCCCUGGUCAUUUGUCCGGUGGUGGACAAAAGGCAGAGGGCCGAGCUGCAGAGUCUCCGGGAGCUGGCGGUCGAAGUGACCCUGGACCCUGACACGGCGCACCCUGAACUCAUCGUGUCCGGAGAUGGCAAACAGGUCCAUCACACCGACGACAAGCAGGGACUCCCCGACAACCCGGAGAGGUUUGACGAGUGUGUCAAUGUCUUAGGAAGGCAAAGCUUCUUGGGAAACGUGUACUUUGAGGUUCAGGUGGAGGGGAAGACCGACUGGACGGUCGGGGUCGCCACGGAGUCGGUUUUCAGGAAGGGAGCGAUCACACUGACACCUGAGAACGGUUUCUGGACCAUUUCGUUAAGGAACGGGGAUGAGCACGAGGCUGCAGACAAGCCCGUGGUGGCCCUGUCUCUGAGGGCCCAUCCUAAGAAGGUGGGGGUGUUUGUGGACUACUGGCUGGGUCAGGUCUCCUUUUAUGACGUGGAUACCGCCGAUCGCCUGUACUCCUUUACAGGCUGCCACUUCGCCGAGAGACUCCUGCCAUUCCUUAGUCCCUGUAUGAAUGUCGGGGGCCUUAACUCUGCCCCCCUGGUCAUAACACCUGUAAGCAUGUUUGAUGUUAUCAAUCAGAAUCUCAUUUGAAGACCCUGAGAGCCCACACAGUGACUCAUGGAGCUAACUAUUUCCAGCUAAGCAAAGCUGGCCACUUCCCAAACUGGUCAUUAGAAAAGACCAGCAUCAUUAGCCAUAGCUCAGAGUUUGUCUGUCUAUCAUCACCGUCCAGAGCAAUAACUGAUCCGAUGAGCAGGUGGAUGAGGUGUUCGACUUGGUCCAAACUUCAGCCAAAACAAAUGUUUUUAUUAUGUCCUGAUUCAUAAAGCCUUAGAAGCGAGAGAGGGUGUACACAAAGCAUUGUUUUCGCACCCUACUAGGACCGCGGGCCUCCAGGAGCCUGACUGGAAACGCAGACGUAGACUAGCUUGACUGUAGCAGAAGGUGACAGAGAACUUGUGACUAUUCAUUUCUGUGGUUCCACACAUUCCUCUCAGUCCCGGUUUGGGGUAGUAAAAACCUCUAACUGCAAUAGGGAAGCCACAGUUACCACAAGAGAGCAAGCAGGGAUUGAACAGGGUCACGUAAUAAAUACAUCUGAAACAGCCAUUUCAGCCCACAGGGAGGUUCAGAAACCAGCCAGCCUUCUCAGGGCUUUUUCUCCUGGCGGAUAAACAACAGUGCUCACAUUUGCUCUCCAUAAAUAAAGACCUUCUCUUCGCGCUUCCUUCCUGAUCGCACUCUACCAGCUAGUGGGGCUGUGAGUCAUACGUCCGCACUCUAACCCCAGCCCGGGCUAACCGCGGGACACGGCUGGGUGAGAACAACAGCUCACAGCAGCAGGAUGUUGUCAGCCAAAAGGGGGCUCAGAGUCCUGGGCCUGAAGCCCAGCCUGAGUCCUAGCAGGUGAAAUGUAGCCGUAGCUCCAACUAGCUGCUCACAACACUUUACUCUUUACUCCGUUCUUUUACGUUACUUUUUCUGUGGGGGGAUAAAAAUGCAUUUUGUCCAUUCAAAGGAAUUGAAAGUUGGUUUUUAUUUAAGUUCUUACCUGAAUGUGAACAUAAAGUUUAGCUUGGCACAGGCUAAGCUCUGUGACAGUUUCCUACUCUAAAAUGUACAGCACUGCAUUGCUCUCAGGCACAAGGAAAUUAUACCACACAAAGCUUUAUGUUUUUGUAAUGUUGGGAUAAAGAUAAAACUAAGUGCGUGAAGAAAAUACUUAGCAUACCAGCCCUGAGGGGAUUCGGCUGUCUUACAGUGUUCAUGAAUAAUGCCAUGAAUGCCUUGACUUUGUUUUCCAUCAGAAAAUAAUAUUUUUGAACCAACCAGAUAGAUAGAUGUGUUUAACAUGCAAAUGUUCAGGCUUUUGCUCUUUUCAAAGCAGUUUGAAGUCUUUAAAUUGACAUGAUCUGGGUUGUGUUGUGCGUUGAUAUUAAACAUUCUAGCCUUAUAUUAAUAAGGUAAAAAAGUUGUUAAAUAUUAAAUUAAAUGA